CCCUGCAGCGCAGAGAGACCACGAGUCGCAGACCAUUUUGAUCCCUAGACACGGCACGGCCGCGGCGGCGGAGGCAUCCGGCGUGGCGUCGUGCCUUCGUUCCUCGCCCCUCUGGAUUCUGCGCUCCGGUUCGGCGGCAGCGCCGGCGCGCAAGCCCCAGGCCCCAGGUCGGAGCGGGCGAGCGGCGUCGCCUUCGUCCGUUCUCCGGCGCUCCUGCAGCAACUGAGCCACUCCGUAGGAAAGUUUAAUCUGGAUUCUGAAGCAAUGAGUACCUGUAAAAAGGCCAGGGCGGAAGGUAUAUGUGUUGUGACUUUAGAUAGACUGAGCAGCCUACCGCCAGAGAUAAAGGGCAACAUCCUCUCCCUUUUGAAUGUCGAAGAAGCAGUUAGGACUUGCACCUUAUCAAGUACUUGGAGGGAUGCAUGGGCUAAUAUGCCAAAAAUAUCUCUGCGCGAUGGAAAUUUUGCACGAACCAAGUUCGUUACGUUGGUCGAUAUGGUGCUAUCACUCCACAAAGGAACUAUAGAAGAGUGUCAUAUUUCAGGUAACAAAAAUUACCAUGAUGAGUUCGGUAGGUGGAUGCUCAUGCUGUCAAGAAAAUCACCAAGAUCAGUUAUAAUCAAGUUGAACUCAGGGCCAAUGUAUAGGAUUCCCUCAUGCCUCUUUUCUCUCGGCGAUCUGAAGUCUCUGCGACUGAAAAACUGCAUUAUCAGCUUGCCACGGGUAUUCCAAGGUUUCAAGAGCCUAACUUACCUCAGCCUGAGCUUUUUCUCCUCCACAGACAGGGAUAUCCAAAAUCUGAUCUCCUUUUGUCCUGAACUGACUUAUUUGAGAUUAACUUCUUUUGAGGGCAUCAAAUGUCUAAACAUUCAAUCUCCUACACUGGAAGAUCUUGUUGAUGGGUACUUUGAAGACAUUAAUUUAGAUGCCCCUAAUCUGGAGGAGGCCAUUCUCUCUCUUGAUCUCAAAGCUAAGUCAUAUCAAUUUGUUCCAAUUCCGCAUGACAAGGAAAGCCAUGUCAAGCAGUCAUUGGGAAGCCUGAGUGACAUCGAAAUGCUUUUAGUUGGUGGUUUUUUCAUGAAGUAUCUAUCAAAGGGGUGCAUAGUUACGAAGCUCCCUGUCGUGUUUACUCGCCUAGAGGAUAUUUAUCUUGUGAUAUGCCUUUCGGACCAGAGGCAAGUCUUGACCGCGUGUUCAUUAUUUCAGAAUGCCCCCAACUUGAAGAACCUUGGGAUGUUGAGUUACCCUUCGAGAACAUGGGAUGAGGAUAAGGCUAGCAUUCAAGAGCUUACCCUGCAAAUGCAAAUGGACCAUCUCGUAACAGCUAGUGUGAAAGAAUUUAGGGGUCGGGACUACGAAGUCGAUUUCGUGGCAAAGCUACUGACCUGGGCACCUGCUUUGGAAGAAGUGAAAUUAGAGUGGAAGGGUCAAAUAGACCGCAGCAUGGUUCUUACCAAGCUAUUAGCUCUGCCGAGAGUGUCUCCCAGGGCCAAGGUCAUUGUUACAUGAUAAGUAUGCUAUUAGCUCUGCCGAGAGUGUCUCCUAUGGCAACUCCGUAGGUUCGUUUUGCUUCCCGUUCUCAUAUAUUUGAAAUUCAAGACUUGUGUGCGGUGGAUUCAUGAAUUAGAUUCAUUUGCUUCAUGAGGCCUAGUUGCGUGAUUAAGUUAUGUGGGUUAUCGGAUUGCUCUGCUAAAUCUGCUAAUGGAACUAUUGCUUUCUUA